UGCAACUGUGUUCUGAAGUGUUCCUCUGAUGUCUGAUCCUCUCCCUCGGUCUUAACUUUGCAUUUUCAUUUUCAACACCAAUACACCACUCUAAAAUUCAACGUCAACACAUAUACUUGAAGAAAACGCUUCCCCUUUUAGCUUUUGCGUUUCAACUUGAGUUAUGCGUUUAAGCCUUCGCGCGCUCUCUCUCUAGCCAGCCAUGUCAUCGCCAAACUCCGCUCCCCAGCCCCACGCGCCGCUCCUCCGCACGCGCCCCGAUGCCUCCGCCCGCCUCCCCGUCCUCGCGCUCCUCCUCGGCCGCCGCGGCCACUCCGCCAUGGUCCGGGAAACGGCGGCGCGUGAGCUCGAGGAGCGCCGCGCCGACUGGACCUACUCCAAGCCGGUGGUGGCGCUCGACAUGACGUGGAACAUGGCCUUCGUCGUCGUCUCCGCGGUCAUGCUCGCUUGCACCGUCACCGAGAAGCCGAACACGCCGAUCCGCUGGUGGAUCUGCGGCUACGCGCUCCAGUGCCUCGUCCACGUCGCGCUCGUGUGGCUCGAGUACAGGAGGAGGAACCACGCUCCGAGGGACGAGGAAUCUGGUGCCAUCCUCGAAUUUGACGACGCCAACGACAGCGACGAUGACGACGCUGGAACCUCCGGGAGUUCCUCUCCUACUGCGUUCACAAAACGAUGUGCAUCAUUGAAUACCAUGGUUUCGUUACUUUGGUGGAUGGUUGGCUUUUACUGGGUUGUCUCUGGUGGCGAUAUUCUUUUGCAAGAUGCUCCAAGUUUAUACUGGUUGGCUGUGGUCUUUCUGGCAUUUGAUGUCUUCUUUGCUAUCUUCUGUGUUGUUUUGGCAUGUUUGAUUGGAAUUGCCCUCUGUUGUUGUUUGCCCUGUAUUAUUGCUAUUCUCUAUGCAGUUGCAGGACAGGAGGGUGCAUCAGAAUCGGAUCUCAGUAUACUUCCAAAAUACAAAUUUCAAAUGUUAAGCAAUGAGGAAACACCUAACGAGGGAGGUGGAUCAAUGAUUCCCAUGGAGACCAACAAUGGUCACUGGGCGAAUGAACGGAUGCUUUCACCUGAGGAUGCAGAAUGCUGUAUAUGCAUCUCCUCCUAUGAAGAUGGAGCUGAACUUCAUGUUCUUCCUUGUAAUCAUCAUUUCCAUUCUACAUGCAUAGUGAAAUGGUUAAAGAUGAAUGCAACUUGUCCUCUUUGCAAGUACAAUAUUCUUAAAGGAAAUGAACAGGUGUGACAGAAUAAUAAAGACGAUCAAAGAUAAAAAUAAUAUCAAGCUGAGCUUAAUUAUAUAACAGCGCAGGGUUUUCUACCGCUGAUGUGUGUGUAUAUGUAGAUAAUAUCAAAACAUGAAACAAUAGAACUUCUCCCGAUUUGCUCGGUUUAGCUGUAAUUGUUUUGCUUGAUUGCUUCUGUAGAGAAAAGAUAGAGGUAAGAAGGAAAACUUCAUAUAGAGAUUAGUAUUUAUUUUGAAUAAGUUAACGAUUUCAUUUGACCCUUAUUUGUCCUUUAUGUCAUUUGAAAGUUGUCCUAUUUCUUGUAUUAAAUUUGUUCAUACGGGAGAAAACAAUGGAAUAUGUUGCAAUAUAUGUAGCAGUCUAACUUUCAGCUUA